AUAGAAGUCUGCAAAAGCCUGUACACUCACCAACUUUGAAGCCACGUUUACUUUUCUCUGUUUUUGCGAAAAAUACUCAAAAUGCUUGCGCAUUGCACAAAGUCAUCGCUGCUGGCGGCGGACGCCUACCUACCAACGCCGCCGUUCCCAAAUCCACGGCGGAUCUCGGCGGCGGAACUUCAUUUCGGCUUCAAUAGUUUUUCUACUAGAACAUCGAAACUGCAAGUCAAGGCUUUGGACCGGAACAGUAACAACAACAGCACCGGUGACGGCAUCGGCGCUAGUAAGAACGCCUCUUCAUCGCCGUCGUCAUCGGUUCCGAACUCGAACUAUGUGGUGCCACUAGACAAGUCUUCGUCUUGCAUUACUCGUCCCUUGGCCGAGAUCCUACGUGACCUGAACAAGAGAAUUCCUGAUAACAUAAUCAAAGCUGAUAACAAUGAUGAUAACUCUACCUUCAUCGCCUGGUAUCACGCUAACCGGAUGUUGAGCUUCUACGCUCCAGGCUGGUGUGGGGAAGUACGAGAUGUCAUUUUCUCAGAUAAUGGAAGUGUGACAGUUGUUUAUCGUGUCACUAUACUCGGAUCAGAUGGAGAGGCACACCGCGAAUCAACAGGAACAGUAUCACCAGGCAAUAGCCACUACACAGAUCUGGUUGCUGCUGCUGAGGAGAUAGCAUUUUGCAGAGCAUGUGCUCGUUUCGGGCUUGGCUUAUAUCUGUAUCAUUAAUAAGGCUAGUCGAGUAGACGCUACAAACUGGACAGUUUUGAAAAUGCUGUUGAAGGUCCUUGUACACCAUAGAGCAAGAACAUGUUGAAAUAUUUAUUACCCGGGACGAUGUAAAAAUAUUAUUCAUGAGGAUUAUUAGUUAUGCACUGUAAAAGUACUAAACUUAUGGUCAUGGAGAAUGGGGCCUCGAAAAAUAUAAAUAAUAGGAAAAGAUAUCGUAUGUUGCUUUAUGUAUUAACUUAUUUUGCCCUGUUGUUCUACAGGAUUGUAUCGUAUGUUUUUGUUAGAUUGUAAUGCCUCAGUAAUUGAUACUAUUAUAUUAUUUCUAUAGA